AAAGAGACGUGGGAUUUGAGGCUGUGAGACAGAUGUGGGCAAUGAUGGCAUGAUAAUUAGUAUUCAUAAAGAUCAUUAAUACAUUUCCAUUACAUUUGGUGUUUUAUUCCCUAGCAGUUUGGUGCUCUACAGCAACAAAUGGUAAAACUGGCUGCAGCUCUGUGUGCCUACAGAAGAGAGCGAGACAGCGAAGUGUUCACAAGAGUUAUUACUCAGUGCACAGUCUUUUCCCAUACAAAAAGAAACCCUGCAAUGCUUCCUGCACCUGCAAGGAGUGUCCUAGCAACGUCAUGGGGGAAACUGUGUGCCAGGAUUUUUCUCUGAGAGCUUUUUGUUGAACCUAACUGCAGUUGUAAAACAAAGGUCAACAGCAAUUUAAGCUUUUCCAAGUGCUGUUGCUUAAUUCAUUUACUCAGAGAAAUGUUUGUGUUCUAGUUUUCUGCCAAAAGGAUAAAUAUCAGGUUGCAGAGUCGUCCAACAGACUACCCAACUGCAGUUUAGUUAAACCUGAACAUCGCUUAAUCGAAGCUGUCACUUCUCACUAGCGGGAGAAUCGCUGUUAGCAUUUAGCUCUAGCUUUUGCCUCGUGAAGUAACGAGCUGGCAGCUGAGCAUACCCAGGGGCUUUCUGCAACAGAGACCAGGGAAGAGAACACGAAAUACCACCAGGUAGUGAGAACAGAUUGUGGAUCUACCUGAAGAAUAGAAAAACGUCUGGUUUUGUCUGAGGUGUACACAGUCAUAGUCUUAAUGUAUGCACAGACCUCAGGUGAUGUGCUCCGUUCUCAUGAAUCCUUGCUCGCUGCCACAGUCUCUUCCUCUGGUAGAAGAAAUCUGCUGUGCCAUAUCAGACAUGAAUGCAGAUCGAAUGAUGGUCACACAGAAAACUUUGGUGGAGAAGUUAGUGAAAAGUUAUCCAGGCAUUGCAGUUCCCUCCCACAAAAUCUUAUACAAUAUCCUUGGUGCUCUAAUUAAAGAAAGGAAAAUCUAUCAUACAGGAGAAGGAUACUUCAUGGUCACCCCCAACACCUACUUUGUUGCAAAUGAUGCCCCAGAAGACAAUAAAAGAGUCCUGCCGGAGGACAGCUGCUGCUCCUUGUCUUCCAUCAGUUACCUUGUAAACGCUGGGAGCUGUGCAGACCCAGUGAAAGAAAACUUUCCUGCUGUAUCCCGUUACAGAUCCUGCCAUUGUCUCCCUGACCAAAAUAUGCUCAGUGACCAAAGAUAUCGGCAACUAAUGAACCAUGAAGCUAAUGGAGGAGGUAAGAAAGGCCGCAGUGAGUUGAAGCCUUCAAUUCAAACUCAAGUGAUCUCUGCAUCUGUUGAAAACCACUCCUGGGACACCAUCAAAUCCCUGACAUCAGUGAAAGAGAAACUAAAAUGCAAAAAAUUUGGCCUUGGCCUUUUCUGGAGAAGUACUUCCAAAAAAGAGAAAAAGAAGAAGGAGUUCUCUACUUUUUCAGCCCAGUUUCCUCCCAAGGAGUGGCCAGUCCGAGAUGAAGACAACUUGGAUAAUAUGCCCCGUGAUAUUGAACAUGAAAUCAUCAAGCGUAUUAACCCUACUCUCACGGUUGAUAAUUUGAUUAAGCACACAAAAUUAAUGCAAAAGUUUGAGGAGAGGAAAAAAUGUAUCAGUAAAGGUAUCUCUGCUGAAGCGUUAACUCCCAGGCAAAAGCAUCUUUCAAAGGAGAGUGUUCAAAAGACACAAAUUAGAACAGCAAAACACAGCAGGAAAACCAAAUCAGACAAAGAGAAGCAAAUUAGCAGAAGCAACAGGAAAUCUCACAUGCCUGAGCUAACAUCCCCAAAUCAGAAACUGGAUGAGAACAUUUCACUACCUACCAUGACCCACCAGCCACUGGAUGUAGCAGUGGAUUCCCACAUCAUAUAUAAAAAACAGAUCAAGAACCCUUUUCAGGGUCUCUCAUGGAGACACAACGUUUAUGCCAAAGGGUACAGAGGUCGUGUGAACAGUCAGCUGAAGCCCAGGACUCAAAAACAAGACAGGAAUUCGCAAAGGCCACGUUUCUUGGACUCCUCAAAAGCCUUUGAAUAUGAAGCUGCACAACUGGUUGCUGAAAUGCAGGCUGACAAUGCUAAGCAGAACAAAUUACUUCAGGCUAAUAGGUCCUCUCCCCAGCUAAAGAAGGACAGUUUAAGUGAAAACUGUAGUUAUCCACAAAGCAGUACUUUGCAAAUAGACGAUAAAAGUAAAUACUUGGUGGAGAGCGUUAUUUCUGAAGACAACAUCCACAGAGGAAAAGUCGAAAUGAAUCAUGGGGAUAUCCAAAAAUCCCCUCCCUCCUACACUGGGGAUAACGGUAUGUGCAAAGCAGCAGCAAAACAUUCAUUACAUCCGAAAGACAAGCACUGCAGGUACAAAGCUGACGCUGUAUGCGAGUUAUUAGAUCAAACAGCAAAUGAGUUUCAGAACGUCAGUCUUUCACGUUAUACAACCAAUGUUAGCCAGGUAAAAGAACUUGGUGUGCAACACAGACAGAAGACUGAUAAAAAGAAUGACCUUGUAUUUAAAUAUGACUGCGCCAGCCAUCCUGGAUCAAUGGAGCUGGAGGGUGAAGGAUUUACUGAUAGGGGCCAUCUUCCGUACCAGAAAGCGCAUCCUUGUGACACCAGUAGUUUGUUGCAUCUGGGUGACAAUUCUGAAAGCAAUGAACCAUGUCACUUGGCUCCUGGCCGUGCAUCUUCAGGUACAAGGGACUGGAAUAAAGCUGUGCCAAAGAUGCGGACAGCUCUAAAAAACUCCAAGGCUAAUAUUUAUUCAACACAAUAUAAUACAACUGUAAAUAAACAUGAUUCUGGAGACCAUGGAUUUAACGGGUGUGCUGGUUUUGCAGAAUCACUUGAUGGCUCAAAAAAGCAUCAAAACCCAGACUUUAGAGUAGAAAGUUGUUUGUGCAGUCAGGUUCUUCCAGCAGUUCACAGAAAGGAAGUUGAAACUGGCCUUACUGAACAUGCGAAGGCUUCAGCUGUAGCCGAUUUCUGCAGCACCGAUGAGGCUGACUCUUUGCUCAACUCCCCCUGUGAGACAGAAGUAGUGGUGUGCCGUGCUUUGGGCCCACAAACCAAAGAAACAAGAAACCCCCCAGGAAAGAAAGGUCUGUUUUUUAAGAAUGUAUGUACUGUGCUAUCAGGACAGAAUCACGCAGAGGGGACAGAAAACCACAGCAUAACAGGAGACAGUGGGAUUGACUCCCCAAGAUGGACUGAAAAGAAGAUGAAGCUUCCUGCCAAAUUCUAAAAGAAUAAUAAUGCUAAAAGGAGGAGAGGACAAUCACAAAAACAUUCCUUGCUUCAGCUAACUGUGGUCAUGAAUGUUUGAUUAGUUUUUUAAUGAGCUACGUAAACUUUUUUCUUUCUAACAGUACAACCAUACUAUAACUAUGACCAGUCACAGUGUGAGACUGCCUCUAAAUCAGAGCUGUUUGUUAAAAGUGUGGAGAUCUAAGGCAUGUUUCUGUUGCUCUCUAGUUUUUGCAUCCCUAUGUCUAAUAAAAGUGAGGACUGAUAUACUUCACUUAGA